UUUAUUCAAGCAGGACUGGCAUAAAUAGUGAUUUUAAAUUGGGGUUUUAGAGAUUUUAAACAUUUGUAAAUUUUUUAAUUUUUAAAUUAUCGGCCAUUUAUUAAUAGUUUCUUUUAAUUUCUUUUAAUUGUAUAUACUCUGUAUUUUAUUUCGGCUGUACACCGCCCUGAGUCCUUCGGGAGAAGGGCGGUAUAAAAAUCUAAUAAAACUAAACUAAACUAAACUAAACUAAUUUUAAGAUGGGUUUUAUUAAAAUUAUAGUUCUAAAUUUUUGCUUCAGCUUAAUUGAAUUAGAUUUUUAAAUUGCUUUUAAUUUUUGUGUAAUCUGUUUUUAUUUGGCUGUGAACUGCCCUGAGUCCUUCGGGAGAAGGGCGGUAUAUAAAUUAAAUAAAUAAAUAAAUAAAUAAAAAUUAAGCCUAAAACGGCAAGAGGCCCCUCAGCAAGAAGGGUGGCCCUAUGGCAGGCAUUGCCCAGUAUGUCAAGGGCCAGCCACCAGCAAGCAGGUAGAGUGUAGCCAGGCUUCUCCAGUGCUUGGGUGGCUGGCCUUGGGCAGUGCUUGGAUGCUACUCCAGAGCUUGGCUUGCCCGGCACAAUGCCGUAGGUGGGGCUUGCCCUGACCCACUCCUUAAACUGGUCCCGUUGCAAGUUCCAGUCAAGGCAGACCUCUGGUCCAUGUCCCGUCAGCUGUGUGGGACUACAAAUCCCAGCAUCCCUACUUGGCCAAAAUAAGGCUUCCACGGGGGCACCUGGCCUGGCUCUGCAUGCCCCCACCUCGCCUGUGCCACAGCCUUCGCGUCAGUCGGGGAGCCUCCCCCACCCCAUUUCUCGCUGGUUCCCCCUGGAGAUGCCCGCCCUGGCAGCUGCUCUGGGGAGCAAGGCAGCUAGGCCAUCCUGGCGGGGAGAGGCCGGGCUCUUCCUCCUCCCCUCCAGAGCGAACGGCCCUCGGGAAGGCAGGAGAGGCUCAGCCACUUCGCCCCCCUCGCAGACUCCCACCUGGGGGCCGCCAAGAGCCCCGGACCGCCCGCCGCGAGUUCCGAGCGCCCGGUCAGCGGAGCGCUCGGGCCGGGGCUUUCCUCGGCGGCUCUGCCGGCCGGCACUGCUGCUCAGGGCGGCGCGGCAACCGCGGCGAAUCGCCCUUUGUUUACAUGGGCCGGUGGCUGGCGGAGGCGGCGCCGGCGGAGGGAGGGAGGGAGGCGGGCGGGAGGGAGGCAGCGCUGCGCUCGCCCAGCUGUUUCCCGCCUUGAGCAGACACGCGCAGGGCCAGAGCCGGAGACGCACCGCGGGACCGGCGGACGCGUGCUCGCCGGCCGCCCGCCCCCCCGCCCCUCGCGCUCGCCGCCCCGCGCCGGCCCCGAUCCCGGCCGGGCAUGGAGUACUUCGUGGUGCCCGCGCAGAAGGUGCCCCCGCUGCAGCACUUCAGGAAGACCGAGAAGGAGGUCAUCGGCGGGCUGUGCAGCCUGGCCAACAUCCCCCUGACCCCAGAGACGCAGAGGGACCAGGAACGACGGAUACGCAGGGAGAUCGCCAACAGCAACGAGCGAAGGCGCAUGCAGAGCAUCAAUGCAGGAUUUCAGUCCCUGAAAACUCUCAUCCCACACACGGACGGGGAGAAGCUCAGCAAGCGAUCCUCCAGCAGACGGCGGAGUAUAUCUUUUCUCUGGAGCAGGAGAAGACGCGGCUGCUGCAGCAGAACGCUCAACUCAAGCGCUUCAUCCAGGAGUUCAGCGGAUCCUCCCCAAAGCGGCGGCGAGCAGAGGACAAGGACGAAGGCAUAGGGUCACCGGACAUCUGGGAGGAUGAGAAGGCUGAGGACUUGCGUCGGGAGAUGAUCGAGCUCAGGCAGCAACUAGACAAGGAGCGCUCGGUCCGGAUGAUGCUGGAGGAGCAGGUGCGCUCUUUGGAGGCUCACUUGUACCCGGAGAAGUUGAAGGUGAUUGCUCAACAGGUGCAGCUCCAGCAGCAGGAACAGCUCCUGCCUGCUCAUGGCCCCCCAGCACCCACCCAGCACCCAACGGUGAUUGUGCCUGCACCACCUCCGCCUUCACACCAUGUCACCGUGGUAACCAUGGGGCCCUCCUCAGUGAUCAACACUAUCUCAACAUCCAGGCAGAACCUGGACACAAUCGUUCAGGCAAUCCAGCACAUUGAGGGGACUCAGGAAAAACAGCUGCUGGAGGAGGAAGAGCAGCGCCGGGGUGCAGUCAUUGUAACCCCUGCCCGGGCCAGCCUGGACCCCUCAAACUCGGACACGGCCUCUGACCUGGAGGCGGAGGACAACGAUUCCAUGGAACACAGCAAGGCCGGGAUGCCCUGACCUCUGCCUGGCAGUGGGAAGGCGAGCAGGGUGGGGGCGAGGGAACUUCAGGAAAUGUGAUGAAAUUUUUACAAAAUACCACAACAUUUGGGUCUAUUUUGUGACCUUUCAAUACUGUAAGUGAGAGCAUUAGGACGGGGAUGAGCUGGACAUUGGGCUCUCCAGCUUGAAGCAGCUGGGGAAGAGACGGCAAGCUGCGAGCGGCCAGGCUCUUCCAGGACAGAGCUGGGCAGACUCCCAGCUUAAAGGAUGGAUUUUCUCUGGCACCUCCGGCCGUGGGAGGUGUUCUUAGGGGCCUUGUCCCUCUCUGGCCUUGCUCCUGGCCCUUGGAGGGGCGAAGGAACCCCCGAGGCCUUCUAAAAGCUCCAGGGAGAAGGCUGGUGGUGAUAGGCCUCGGGGUUGUCUCUGCCUCAUUGGUCCUCCUGGCACACCUCUUGGUACAGGGAGACCCCUGGGGGCCCCUCCAUUCUCGGGGGAUGGUUCAGACUUGGGGGCCUUUUCAGAGCCUGGCAGAGAGCAUUGACCCCGGCCUCUCCUCUGGGUGGUUUCAUUCUUGGAAGCACUUAAGUCCGUUCUGUGGGUUGAUUGGAUCCGCAAAAAGCGGCCCUGCUCCGUGGCGGUUGCUGUCGUUGCAUACUGUGCCUCCCCAUCUCUUCCUCCUCCCCACCCCCGCCGCCCAUUUGGACAGAGGUCUUGGUCAGGGCUUUUUCGUGCUGGUUGCUUUUGGUAGGUUCCCCCCCAGCCACAGCUGUUCUUUUGUUCUUUCAUAUUUUUAUAUGGGUUUUUUUUGUUCUUUUUUUUUUUACAAGUUUUGGGUCUUUGUGUUCAUUGAGAUGCUAUUAUAUUUUGUUAAGAAAGUGGAAAAAUGAGGCUUGUGCCUUUGUAAAGAAACAAAAUAAAGUUUGUACUUUGUUUUUUA